AUGGACGGACUCAAGCAGCGAAAGCCUGCACCGCAGUCGACGACGAUACCUGCGAACGUGCAGAACGGCAGUAUCCAACACCGCGACUCGCACCCCCUCGGCGCCCCUAAGCAUGGCGGUGGUAUGCAAGCCCUGCGCAUCGUCGCAUUCGGCAUCUAUUUCACCAUCUCCUGCCUCGUUAUGCACGGCGCUCAACUCCUCGGCAUACCGCUGUACUGGAUCAACAGGGACUGGUUCUACGCCUGGAUGGCCAUGACCAAGCAGUUCUUUGGCAUCUUCAUCACCACCAUGACCAACUGGUGGAGUCCAACAGUCGUUCGGGUCAGCGGAGAUCAGAGCGUAGCAGGACUGUUGAAGCAAGAUGCGAGUGGGAUCGUCUCGCUGGACUUUGGCGAUCGCGCUGUCUUGAUGGCGAAUCAUCAGCUAUACACAGACUGGCUGUACCUGUGGUGGAGCGCAUAUACGAAUACUCUGCCUAUGCAUGGACAUCUAUACAUUAUCCUGAAGGACUCACUCAAGUGGGUACCUCUGAUCGGGCCAGCCAUGCAGCUCUUCGGCUUCAUAUUCAUGUCGCGAAAAUGGGCAAAUGAUCAAGAACGAAUGCGGUAUCGAUUACAGAAGCUCAACUCGAGGCACUCGGGACCCAUGUCCGGCCAAAGCGGGAAAGCGCAGCUGGAUCCGAUGUGGCUCAUGAUCUUCCCUGAGGGUACCAACCUCUCGCGAAAUACUCGUGAGCAGUCUUCCAAGUAUGCUGAGAAGGCAGGACUCCAGGAUAUGAAGCACCAGAUCUUGCCGCGAAGCACCGGUCUGCAAUUCUGCCUAUCAGAGCUCCGCGGUACCGUCGAGUACCUCUACGACUGCACCAUAGGAUACGAAGGCAUUCCCCCGGGUUUCUACGGCUCCGAGCUGUUCACGUUACGAUCCGUCUACUUCCAAGGUCGGUCGCCGAAGAGUGUCAACAUGCACUGGCGACGAUACAGGAUCAAGGACCUGCCACUUGAUGAUCACGACAAGAUGUAUGAGUGGAUAAUGGCACGAUGGCGAGAGAAGGACGAGCUCAUGGAUACAUUUAUCAGGACUGGAAAAUUCCCGGCGGAUAAGUCAGCUGUCGAAAUUGAAGGUGGUCCCACGGACAGCUUCAAGACACCCUACAUCAACACGGAAGUGCAGCCCAGCAGUCCAACGGAGUUCCUACAGAUGUUCAUGCCGGUUGCUGCAGCAGCAGUCGUUGGGAGGGUCUUGGUGCAGAUCAUGGAUAGGAUAUUUCCAUCACCUGCGCUGAUGAAGGUGGCGUAG